UGGCAGCCAGCUGCAGGUGCCCAAGAACUUGGCACAGCCCACUUCCAUCUCAAGGGGCACAUCUCCCUCUGGGUGGCACAUUUUCAGCUAAAGUCUAAACUAACUUCAUUAUCAAGAUGUCUGAAGAUAUUGACUGGUUACACAGCCACAGGGGCGUAUGCAAGGUCGACCUCUACAGCCCAACUGGACAGCAAGAUCAAGACCGGAAAGUGAUAUGCUUUGUUGAUGUGUCUACUCUGACGGUGGAAGAUAAAGAUUCUAAGGAUGCCGCUGGUUCCAGUUCAGAAGGUGAAUUAAACCUGGAGCAUCUGGAAGAAAAAGAGAUUAUAGUGAUCAAAGAUACUGAGAAGCAAGACCAGUCUAAGACCGAGGGAUCUGUGUGCCUUUUCAAACAAGCUUCCUCUAAUCCUGUAAGUGUUCUCAACUGGCUUCUCAAUGACCUUCAGAAGUAUGCCCUGGGUUUCCAACAUGCACUAAGUCCCUCAGCCUCCAGCUGUAAACAUAAAGUAGGAGACAUAGAGGGAGAAUGUCACAAAAUAUCCUCUGGGAACUGCUACAGCGUCUAUGCUGAUCAACUGAACAUGGAUUAUGUGGCCAAUGGACCUCAGAGCCUACGUCUAGAAAAGACAGCAUCUAAAAACACCAACAAUAACCAGAGCCCUUCCAGCCCACCAGCCAAAUCUCCUAGCAAUCAGAGGUCAGUUGUCUCCCCUGAUGGAGAAUGUUCUAUGGACGACCUUUCCUACUAUGUCAACCGACUGUCUUCUCUGGUGAUCCAAAUGGCCCGUAAGGAAAUCAAGGAGAAGUUGGAAGGUGGAAGCAAGUGUUUCCAUCAUUCAAUCUACCCACCCACUGGGGACAAAGGGAAAAACAGCCCUCGCAGUGCUGUGAGCAAGAUUGCUUCCGAAAUGGCCCACGAUGCUGUGGAAGUAACCUCUGCAGAAAUGCGAGGCACUAAAGAGGAGUGUAGGGAUGGCCGAAAAACCUUACUGUAUAGUGAAUUAUCCAACAAGAACAGGGGUGGAGACAAACAAAUAUGUCAGCGAGAUAGCAAAGAAUUUGCAGAUUCCAUCAGCAAAGGACUUAUGGUUUAUGCAAAUCAAGUGGCAUCCGAUAUGAUGGUCUCAGUUAUGAAGACCUUGAAAGUUCAUAGCUCUGGAAAGCCAAUUCCAGCCUGUGUGGUCCUGAAGAGGGUGCUGUUAAAACACACCAAGGAAAUUGUGUCCGAUUUGAUUGACUCCUGCAUGAAGAACCUACAUAAUAUCACUGGGGUACUGAUGACGGACGCAGAUUUUGUCUCUGCUGUCAAGAGGAAUCUGUUCAACCACGGGAAACAAAAUGCUGCUGAUAUCAUGGAGGCUAUGCUGAAACGUCUGGUUAGUGCUCUUCUUGGUGAAAAAAAAGAGACUAAGUCACAGAGCUUAGCAUAUGCAGCCUUGAAAGCCGGCUCCCAUGAUCCCAAAUGCAAGAAUCAAAGCCUCGAAUUCUCCGCUAUGAAGGCCGAAAUGAAGGGGAAGGACAAAAGCAAAAUAAAACCAGACGAGUGCAAGUCACUGACCAGUGCUGAGAAAGUGAGCGAACAUAUCCUCAAGGAAAGCCUGACCAUGUGGAACCAAAAACAAGGAAAUCAAGGCAAGGUGGCUAGCAAAGCAUGCACCAGUAAGGACGGAAAAAGGGAGAUCAGCCCUUCCACAGAUUCACUGGCAAAGGACUUGAUAGUCUCUGCCCUUAUGCUGAUCCAGUACCAUCUGACCCAGCAGGCGAAGGGCAAAGAUGCACUUGACGAUGAAUGUCCUACCACAGGCUAUAUGACCCAGAGCACCCAGUAUGAAAAGUGUGGAGGUAGCCAAAGUGCCAAGGCGCUCUCAAUGAAACAUCUAGAAUCUCAGGGUGCACCUGGGCCAUCCACCUCUCUGAAGGAGAAUCAACAGCUGGACUCCCAGAAGCUGGAUAUGUCCAACAUUGUCCUCUCACUGAUUCAAAAACUGCUCAAUGAGAGCUCCUUCAACGGUGAGGAUCUGUGUGAAAGUGACACCAAAAGUUCUGAGCCCAGGGCCAACAAAGCUACUUCCAUGUCCAAGAGGCCUGACAAAGGGGAAGACCAAUGCCAGGACAAUCAAGAACUUGACCUUAUGAGUGGGAUGAAGCAGGUGAAUCGACAGUUUAUCGAUCAACUGGUGGAAUCUGUGAUGAAGCUGUGCCUUAUCAUGGCUAAGUACAGCAACAAUGGGGAAGCCCUGGCUGAGCUGGAAGAACAAGCCGCCUUGGCCAACAACUCCAACUUCCAGGCAGGUGGCCCCAGAUGUAGUCACGAUAGCGCUAUGUCACAGAACUAUCCAGAUGCUCCUGGCCCUGAAGUCAUCGUCAAUAAUCAGUGCUCAACAAGCAGCUUGCAAAAGCAGCUCCAGGCUGUCCUGCAGUGGAUUGCCGCCUCCCAAUUCAACGUGCCCAUGCUCUACUUCAUGGGGGACGAUGAUGGACAACUGGAGAAGCUUCCUGAAGUUUCCGCUAAGGCAGCGGAGAAGGGAUACAGUGUUGGAGACCUUCUUCAAGAGGUCAUGAAGUUUGCCAAGGAACGACAGCUGGAUGAAGCCGUUGGAAACAUGGCUAGGAAACAACUGCUAGAUUGGCUGCUCACUAACCUGUGAGCUAACAAUUCCUUCACCUCCUCUCCAUUAACCCCCCCAACCCCAGCAGAAUUCCAUCCCAGCUGGAACACCCCCCCACCAUCAAGCCAGUGAACUACAUGCUACAUGAUUGUAUUUCCCAAUGCAUCUGAACAGCUGAACUGUGCAAAUACAGGGUGUCCAACAAGCUGGGCAAGAACAUGAAUAAAAAAAUAAAA